AUGAAGCCUGAUGAUGAAGACGAUGCACCUACCUAUGUUCUUGAGGAUACCAACCAGUCCAUGACUAAGGAAGAGUACGAAGCUUUCGUUGCCAAGAAAGAAUCAAAAGGAGAUGACGAACCUGGGAACGAAAGUGACGACAAAGAGCAGUCAAAGGUCGGAGCAAAGUCCAAAGACAAGAUUACAGAAGUCGGAGCAAACGCUAAGAAGCGCAAAGCCGCAAAGAUCAUCAGCGAUGGGCAAGAGGAGAGCACAGACGGGCUUGAAGACGUCAAAAAAUCUGAUACAAGGACUCUCAAGAAACCCAAGAAGAAGGCUAAAGCGGUCAAGCUAACGUUCGGUGAUGAAGAAGAGGGUUGA